AUUAAAGCUUUAUCGGCAUUUGGAGGAUUCUACUUUGUUUUCGCUAAGGCCAAUGUUGCCGGAUUAGUAUGCAUGAUGGAAGAUUUACAUAAACUACAAGAUGAUAUCAAACGAAUGAAGAAAGAGAACUCCGACCUCAGUCAGCAGGUCUUGUCGAAAAAACUACAAAUAAUAAGUCUAACGGAUGGAAAAUAUAUCAAAGAAAAGAAAAUACACGAUAAUAUCAAACAAAUGAAAGAAGAGAAUUUCGACCUCAGUCAGCAGGUCAAAUCGAUUAAAGAAGAAAUUACAAGUCUGAAGAACGAAAAACGUCAAAUUGAGGAGAAACAUCAAGAUGAUAUGAGACAAAUCCAAUCUGAGGCAGAACAAACAAAAAAGAAACAUCAAGAUGAUAUGAGACAAAUCCAAUCUGAGGCAGAACAAACAAAAAAGAAAUAUGAAGAUGUUAUCGGCCGAAUGGAACCUGAACUAUUAGAGCUCGAUCGCCAGAUGGAAUCAUUGAGAAAACUGAACGACACAGAUGAAAAACAGCAGAAAUAUGAAAAUAUUAUCGGCCGAAUGGAAGCUGAACUAUUAAAACUCCAUCGGCAGAUCGAAUCAUUCAGAAAACUUAACGAGACAGAUAAACAACAGCAGGAACUAAAUGAGGGGAAAAGUUCAAAAACAAGUCGCAUUCCUGCAACAAUACAAGAUUUUGAGUCCUACGGUAAAAUCCAGAAAGUCCAACUAGCCUGGAUAUGCAAUUUUGAAGCCCAAGACGAUAUAGCCAAGGCAUUGCAGAAUGGUGAAAGCAAUAUUGCAGACUUACUCGACGGAACAGAGUUGAACAUCCAGAAAGGUGACUUUAAACAAUACAUGAGAACUGGUACUAAUACAUGCGAACAGUUGAUACAAAAGAAACUAAAGAACAAGAACAACACCGACUGUUUUAUUUGGAUAAUAUCAUCGUACAGUACAAACGAAAACAUCUGUUACAAAAACAUGGAGGAAAGUAUUAGCAAAUUGGCAAUUCUUGAUAAUGAAAACUUCAGCGAAAAAAUGCGAAACAAGCCAAAGAUAUUGGUAUUCGAUUUAUAUGAAAAGCCUGUUACGAAAUCGGCUACGACAGAUUCAUAUCAAACGAUCAAAAUACACAGGGACUGGCUUAUAGUCAUUGCGAGGAAUCGAGAGGAUGGGUCAUUCAUAAAAACACUGAAAAGAGAGAUCACAGCCAAAUAUAACAAACUCGAUUUUGUUUCAAUACUGGAAUGCGUCAAGCGUUCCGGAGUGGACAUGAAAAUACUUCAUCGGAUGCCACGAAAGCUCUUUUUGGGCGAUGUGAAACUGAAGCUGGAGACAGAACUGAUGUCCCACUACGAAAUCAAUGACGAUGUAAGAUGUUGCUUUUUUGGAAGCAGUGAGUUCAAUUUCCUGUCGAGCUUGCGAGGGGUUCAUAAUGACCAAGAACUCGUGAAUGAGAUGAGUAACAAGACGUGCUUUAAAUUCAAAAACUAUCAACUCGAAAAUGCUGAAAACACAAUAAAGUCCUUCACAGAUGAGUUGAAGAAGACUUGUGGUUGCCAUAUGUUUGUAUUUUCGUCUCAUGGGUCUUCUGAUGGGGUUAUAACGAAAAAUGAGGAAACGGUACAGUUCAGAAAGUUGAUUGAGGAAAUAAAUAAAAGAUCGACUAAACACCCGGUCAUUUUACUUUUUGAUUGUUGUCGUACGCUUCAAGAACAAUCUACACCUGGCGGUAAAUCUGGUCAAGUCAAACCGACACCUGAAGACAAAAUGACAGCAGAUAAACCUUCUCAAUUGUACUACGCCAAAAGAAAUGGGAGCAUUGCUAAAAAACGUCUUAAAAUGAAGGACCUUAUUAUUGUCCAUGCAGCUGUCAAAGGCUACCCUUCGUUCAUGAACAAAGAUAACAACGCUUCAGUUUUUACUGAGGUGAUGUGCGAUGUUAUUGGAACACAACUUUAUACGUCGGACUUCGUAUCAAUGAUGGAAUGUGUAAACAGAAGGAUUUGCGAGUCGAUCAACGAGCGGCGUCAGACGUGUGUGGAAAUAGAGAGUCAGCUAACAAAGAAGCUAUUCCUGUUCGAAACCGAAACCGAAAGUUGAACUACUAUUGACCAAUACCCGCGGAGAAAGUCCGUCGACUCGACUCUGGGUUUGAGCUGAUGCUUGAUUUGCUUCACAGUAAACACCUGCUUGAAACAUAUAGAUAACGGCAACCAACGUGAAAGAACUUACAGUACUGCCCUUGUGUAGUUGUUCAGGGUUUGAAUAAUGGACACGAUUUUGCCAUGCGUGUACAAUUUUUAUGUAGUUACAUUGAACAUGCCAUAGUCAUUCGUUUGUGCAUAUACACAUAUUUUUUAUUAUUUUAAUUAGUUUUUAUUGUCAAUGUUUUACUUGAAUUUACUUUAGUUAUUGAGUACAUAAAACAUUUUGAUUCAUGUGGAAUUUAGCUUAUUCGUUAUAUAAUUCGGGGAAUGACAUUGCUUUUAUAGUCAAUGACACUUACAUGUAUGUACAUUGGUUUGUAAUUUUUUAUUCGUCUUCUAUGCCAAUGUUUUGCUUGCAUUGUCCUUUCUAAUAAUCCAGUACAUGAAUUACUUCAAUGUUUUACUGGCUUGCAUUUUUAUAGGUUCAUUAAUACGGCCAUUGUGUAACAAAAAACAUCGCAGUUAAUUGCCAGUUCGCCUCUUUGGCUUUGACUUUGUAAUAAUGCAUAAUUAUUAGUUUAUUUAAGCAAUAUAUAUAUCUUCAUGUUUGAAAACAAGAACACAUUUCAGUAUUAAGCACUCGCUUAAAGCACUCAGUUUCUAUCUUUUAAGUACACUCCGAUUAAUGACUAAAUAGCCCCUUUCUAUUGUAUAUAUAUAAUAGACAUUAAGACAAACUGUUAAACUCACAAUACUUAUCUUCACUUUUCCUCAUCUGUAGAUUUCAUCGCUAAAAAAAUAAAGGAAAUACUGUGUUUUAGCCGUGUUUGUAGUCUUCUUUUAAAAAUAGGAAAAUUGACAAUUUUCGUACAUUCAUUGUAAUUUAAUAUGCUUAUAAUAUGUUUUAGAGAGUCUCAGUUUAAGAAUGUACGAAUGUACUUAAUAUACGUUAUUUUGUACUUAUAUUUUUAGGAAAUAUUUUGAUAAAGCAUAUUAUUCAGACACGUUUUUUAGAAUGGACCAUGAUAACAUAAAUAAUGACAUACAAAGUGUAUACUCAUAUAAACGAUUUAUUUCCAUAAUCUGUGAUAACAGCCAUGCAUCACUACUGCAUGUAUAUCUUAAUCAUCAUUAUAAUAAAUUAUAUUCUUGUAUAAUCCGUCGUAAACCUGUUAAUCGAUCAUUAUUAUCAAACACAAAACUGAUAAACUUACAAACUAUUGUACACCUUGCAGCGCAUAUCAUUUAUUUGUUUUUGUUUUAUUUGUAACGCUAUGUAAAUAUUAUGCAUUUUCAUCGUUGUAUAUUUUUUACGCAAUGUAAUUGUGUAUAUUUAUUUGAAUAUCACCUUGUUAUAAGUCCGGGACAAACUUCGUUUUCGACCAGUGUCUAGGUAUGAUGGAUAUGUAUGUCGGUUUACUUAUAAAAUUUAUAACUGAUGGAAACGAUAUUAAUUCCUAAAUUGUGUAACUGCUUUAAUUAUGUAAUCAAUAAAUAAUGUUAUUUCAUUAUGAAAUCUCAUUUUAAAUAAUUUUGUUAUAAAUUCCAGUCGGACAUAUUCUAUAAUAAUAAUAAAGUUGUAGUGCAUUUGCAAUGUUACAAAACUAUUAUAAGUGCAUGUAUUAAUAUUUUUCUUUUGAGCAUUGUUUAAACAAUUAUUGUGUGCCUUCUCCUAAUCAAUUAUGUGCUGUUACAAUUGUAAGUAUUUUUAAAUAUUAUGUUUGUCUCCAUGGGCCGAACGGCUUAUUGGAUGUGAAAUAGACCUUCUCUUUCUCUCUUAUUAUUAACUGUGUUGAUUUUUUUCGUAUGUGUAAACGUCAGAAACAGGGUCUGUCAACGAUAAUCGAUAUUAAAAUAGUUUACAAGUUUACUACUUCGAUGGCACCCAUUUCUCGAAAUAUCUUAUGUCCGUUAUAACAGGAGCUCACAAACCUCACUUCUUUUGUUUUGGUAUAAUUCGUAAAGUAAUAACAUUCUUGAGAGGUUUUGAACGUUAACAAGGAAAUUGUAUUUUUAUUUUGUAUAAUUACAAUUAACUUAUUCUCAUUUAGUAAAACCUAGAUUAAGUAAUAGAUUUGGAUUAAUAAAAUAAGCUACUUAAGAUUGUCAUACUUUGAGAAUUUGGGGCCUGGGGAUUAACUAAAAUCUACAUAUAACAUGGCGUCAUUGAGUCCUUCUAUUCUUUAACGAUGAUGGGACAAUACUGUUUUGUCCAAUUAUAAUGAUCUUUUUUAAUCUGGAUCUCGUUUAUAUCACCAGACGAAAUAUGGUACAAUCAAUGCAAAUAUAUUAUACAUCAGAUUGAAAUGCAAUAAAACUUUAUAACUAUAUUUAAUGAACAAAUAUAAACAUGAUAAGUAAUAGCAUAAUAUUAAUAACAUGUUUGACAGAUUACCCUUCGAUAUCAAAUAUCAUUUCUUUUUAAAUAUUUUUUACAAGGUUUAAGUCCUGCAAUCGUAAGGUAAGACAGUAAAAUUAUGUCUCCUACUUUAUUUUUGUCUGCUCCAUUUCUCUUGAACCACUUAAAGGAUUUUGAAAUGACUCGUCACAAAUGUUCAUCGUCUUGAGAUGACAUCACACUUAUCAUCAAAGGUCAUGUGACUAUUUUCAACAUAUUGUGACACUGUGCAUAAUGGGAAACAAUAAAGACUACCGUCUAGUUGGCUUGUGUUUCUUCGCAAAUACUGAUUUAUAAAGACAUACUCGAGCCAAAAUAUUUAGCUUAUAUAGCUUGCACUGUAUGGCAUUUUAUAUUUUUUAAUGGAAAUAAAGUUCUUUUAUUAACGAAUAAGUGAUUCCAUGCAAUUUAUACGAGACACACUUGUUGUCAAUUAUUUGACAUGCAUGCUUGAUCAAUUGGAAUGCCAUAAGAAAAAAUGUGAUUUGCAAGAAUGUGUGCUCAUUGGUUGAACACUUAAAAUUGAUUAAAAAAAAUGUUUUUGUUUAACAUGUUCGUGUUUUGUAUAUUUUCAUUA